UUCUAAUUAUAGAUGCUCCUUCUUAGAGGUUUUGCAAAAUGAUGACAAUAUCUUUGAUCUGGGCGAUUGUUGUAGUAGUGUGUUGUUGUUUAUGGCUUAUUCUUGGAAUAAGGAGAAGGCAAGUAGGUGAACCACCUCUGGAAAAUGGGUUGAUUCCAUACCUAGGCUGUGCUCUGCAAUUUGGUGCCAAUCCCCUUGAGUUCCUCAGAGCAAAUCAAAGGAAACAUGGUCAUGUUUUCACUUGCAAACUAAUGGGAAAAUAUGUCCAUUUCAUCACAAAUCCUUUGUCAUAUCGUAAGGUGUUGUGCCAUGGAAAAUUCUUUGAUUGGAAAAAAUUUCACUUUAGUACUUCUGCAAAGGUAUUUGGGCAUCGAAGCAUUGACCCAAGUGAUGGAAAUACCACUGAAAACGUCAACAAAACUUUCAGCAAAACUCUGCAGGGCGACGCCUUGGAUUCCCUUACGGAAGCCAUGAUGGAAAACCUCCAACUUGUCAUGAGCCCCUUUCCCCCUUCUAAAUCAAAGAUCGCUGCCUGGACGACGGAAGGGAUGUAUUCCUUCUGCUACCGAGUGAUGUUCGAAGCUGGGUAUUUAACCCUCUUUGGCAAAGAGCUUACGAGGCAAGAUGCACAAAGAGCACGUAUUCGAAAUAGCCUUGACGACUUCAAGCAAUUUGACAAAGUCUUUCCGGCCUUGGUGGCAGGCCUCCCCAUUCGCGUGUUCAAGACUGCCCACCGCGCCCGGGAGAAGCUGGCGGACGGCCUGCUGCACAAGAACCUCCGGCAGCGGGAGCGCGUCUCGGAACUGGUGAGCCUGCGCAUGCUGCUCAACGACACGCUCUCCACCUUCGACGACGCCGAGAAGGCCAAGACGCAUCUCGCCGUCCUCUGGGCCUCUCAAGCAAACACCAUUCCAGCGACUUUCUGGAGCUUAUUUCAAACGAUUAGGAGUCCUGAAGCAAUGAAAGCGGCUACUGAAGAAGUGAAGAAAACAUUAGCAAAUGCUAAUCAAAAAGUCAGCUUUGAAGGCAAUCCUGUUUGUCUGAAUCAAAUGCAACUGAACGACAUGCCAGUGCUAGACAGCAUCAUCAAGGAGUCUUUGAGGCUUUCCAGUGCUUCCCUGAACAUCCGAACUGCUAAGGAGGAUUUCACUUUGCACCUUGAGGAUGGUUCCUAUAACAUCCGCAAAGAUGACUUCAUAGCUCUUUAUCCUCAGUUAAUGCACUUAGAUCCGGAAAUCUACCCAGAUCCUUUGACCUUUAAGUAUGAUCGGUAUCUUGAUGAAAAUGGGAAGACGAAGACCACCUUCUACAGUAACGGACUCAAGUUAAAAUAUUACUACAUGCCCUUUGGAUCAGGAGCUACGAUAUGUCCUGGAAGACUAUUUGCUGUCCAUGAAAUCAAGCAAUUUCUGAUUCUGAUGCUUUCCUAUUUUGAACUGCAGCUUGUAGACAGUCACGUUAAAUGCCCCACCUUGGACCAGUCCCGGGCAGGCUUGGGCAUUUUGCCACCAUUGAAUGAUGUUGAGUUUAAAUAUAAAGUAAAAGAUCUGUGAAUAUAUGGUUGGAAAGAAAGGACACCAGCUGAUGCUACAUGACCAUAGAACUCCAUCCCUUUGUCCCUUUGGACUAACACAUUUAGUGGCAGUGGAACUGACACAGCAGACACAGUUCUCUUCGCUGAAGCUCGCUUGUGUGUCUUAACAUUUUGGUGACAGUCUCCAGAUGUGAUCUCUGACUGUUCUAUUGAAAAGAAUUAGUUUCCAGAAGCACAAUAAUCUGCUUUCAUUUGAAUAAGUGAAUGACUGUUUAUAUAGCCUGGGCUAAAACUUCAUUAUUUUCAGGGGAACAAAAUGUCUUUUUAUUUUUUUUUCAGAAUGAAGAUGUUGUAA